GUGAAAGAGGAGAGCUGCAACGUCACAUUUCCUCAAAUGAAAUCGAAAGUGUGUCUAAGUGACAGCAGAGCUGCAGUCGAGACAAGUCUCUCUGUUUCUCUCUAAAGAAACUUUCAACUGAAUCCAUCAGGUUUUUCUCAACAAAACAGCAGAAUCUCUGCCAAACCCUGAGUGUGGAUAUGUCUGCUGCCAGCUGUCUGCUGACUGAAGAUCAGUUUCUGUGCUCCAUCUGUCUGGAUGUGUUCACUGAUCCAGUCAGCACACCAUGUGGACACAACUUCUGUAAAACCUGCAUCACUGAACACUGGAAUAUUAAUGUCCCGUAUCAGUGUCCCAACUGUAAAAAGGUUUUCUACUCAAAACCUGAGCUGCAGGUCAACACUUUCAUCUCUGAGAUGGCUGCUCAGUUCAGACAGUCAGCUCAACAGAAAGCCAGCAGCAGCAGCUCAGAGCAACAAGCUGCCAAACCAGGAGAAGUUCCCUGUGACGUCUGCACUGGAACCAAAGUGAAGGCCCUGAAGUCCUGCCUGGUGUGUCUGGCCUCCUACUGUGAGACUCACCUGGAGCCUCAUCUGACAGCUUUACGCCUGAAAAGACAUCAGCUGAUCGACCCUGUGGAGAACCUGGAAGGCAGGAUGUGUACGAAGCACGAUAAACUGCUGGAGCUGUUCUGUAAGACCGACCAGAUGUGUGUCUGCAUGCUCUGCACUGUUUCAGACCACAAGACACAUGAUGUUGUUCCUCUGAAAGAAGAAUAUGAAGGAAAGAAGGCCGAGCUGGGGAAGACAGAGGCUGAAACUCAGCAGAUGAUCCAGAAGAGACGACUGAAGAUUCAGGAGAUCAAACGCUCAGUGGAGCUCAGUAAGGAAGAUGCAGACAAAGAGAUAGCAGGUGGUGUUCAGGUCUUCAGCGCUCUGAAGGAGUCUGUUGAGAGAAGCCAGGCCGAGCUCAUCGACACGAUCAAAGAGAAGCAGAGAGAGACAGAGAAACAGGCUGAAGGCUUCAUCAAAGAGCUGGAACAGGAAAUCUCUGAGCUGAAGAAGAGAAGCUCUGAGGUGGAGCAGCUCUCACGCUCUGAAGACCACCUCCACCUCCUCCAAAGCCUCCCGUCCCUGAACGCUGCUCCACCCACCAAGGACUGGACAGAAGUCAGCGUCCGUCCACCUUCAUAUGAGGGGACUGUGAGGAGAGCUGUGAAUCAGCUGGAGGAGACGCUCAGUAAACAGAUGAAGAAGCUGCUUGAGGCCGAGCUGAAGAGGGUCCAGCAGUAUGCAGUGGAUGUGACACUCGAUCCUGAUACAGCACAUCCCUACCUCAUCCUGUCUGAUGAUGUAAAACAAGUUAAACAUGGUGAUAUAAAGAAUAAUCUCCCAGACAAUCCAGAGAGAUUUGAUUAUUGUGUUAAUGUCUUAGCAAAGCAGAGUUUCUCCUCAGGAAGAUUUUACUACGAGGUUCAGGUUAAAGGAAAGACUAAGUGGGAUUUAGGAGUGGCCAGAGAGUCGAUCAACAGGAAGGGAGUACUCACAGUGAGGCCUCAGAAAGGUUACUGGACGAUAUGUUUGAGGAAUGAAAAUGAGUAUGAAGCUCUUGCUGACCCUUCAGUCAGUCUCUCCCUGAAGUCUCAGCCUGAGAAGGUGGGGGUGUUUGUGGAUUAUGAGGAGGGUCUGGUCUCCUUUUAUGACGUUGAUGCUGCAGCUCUUAUCUACUCCUUUACUGGCUGCUGCUUCACUGAGAAACUCUACCCAUUCUUUAGUCCUUGUAUAAACGAUGGUGGUAAAAACUCUGCCCCUCUGAUCAUCUCUCGUGUCAAUCACACUGAGUAGAACAACCAUUUGAUUUUCUAUAUUUAAUGUAAUAAAUGUACAUUUGUUGCUGAUGUACUCUGUACACUUUGAUGUUGUUUCUGUAAAUGUUUUUCUUUGAUGUGUCACGUUGCUACAACACAUCAAUUUUACCGCUCUGAUUGAUUUGAUCUAAUGUCGUCUAAUUUAUUCUAAUAACUGCAUUUCGUUCCUUCAACACUGUGAAAUCAUCAGAAAACAAUGUCCUCAGAAAUAAGAAGCAUUUACACGUUUCUUAAAUGUCUGGCUGCCAAAUUCUAAACUGUUUAUAUUCUUAUCAUUGUUUCUAUAAGAAGUGUUGCAUACUGGCCCAAAUUACUGAGGAGCAGUUUAUAAAUGAGACAAAAGUCUUUUGUUUUUCUCUCUUUUUCUUUUAAAUAAACAAAAGCAAAAUAA